AUGACGAAUACCAAGCGCCUCCGCCCGACUUCACCGAACAAAGAGCUUCACAACUCUGUGUCACUGUACGAGAAAGAAAACACGGUCCCAAACAUGUGCCAAGAUCUACGGGUGCACGUUUUUCUUGCCAAGAAUAAGAUCAAGAUUGAGGAUGCCACGAGGCUGUCGGCCGUACAAGAGCUUGAAUGGGGAGAACCCAGUCGAGCUCUGCGGCACCUCUGUCAAUGCAAAAAGGAGGAGGCAGUGAGCGACCACAGAGAUUCGCCCAUCGUAAAGAACGGUCACACUGACGCGGACCAGGCGGAGGAUGAUCCCUCCCCGCGCGGCGCUCACCACGCGAGCUUGGAUCCGGCCCGUAGGCACAGGACCGCCUUCACGCGGGAGCAGCUCGCCCGCCUCGAGCAGGAGUACUGCAAGGAGAGCUACGUCUCGAGACCCAGGAGGUGCGAGCUCGCCUCUGCGCUCGGUCUGCCGGAGACCACGAUUAAGGUGUGGUUCCAGAACAGAAGGAUGAAAGACAAGAGACAGAGACACACCCUGAGCUGGCCUCACCCACUGGACCCCAGCAUGUAUGCCUACAUGAUGACCCAGGCAGCCGCCAGCCUCCCGUACUCCUCCUUCCUGCCUCACGUUCCCCUGCACCUCUACUCACACCUGGGUCUGAGCACCCCUGUGACCUCCGGCCCCUUCACCAGGCCACUGAGGCUCUCCCACUCCCCGUACCCGAGGCCAGACCUCCUGGCAGGAUUGCACCACCCCUCACUCUACCCCGUGGUUCCCCCCUCCCUGCACCACCACCCCAGCUCCUGCCCCUGCCUCCUGUGCAGCAGGAGCUCCUUCAACCAGAGGGGGUUGGAGCUUACUAGAGGCCAGGAGUCCCAGGGAGACAGCCUGCUGCACCUCACCCCCUCCAUUGUGAAACCCACAGCCCUCUCCUUGGACCGGAGAGAGGAGGUGCCCUUGUCAAGAUGA